AUGGCAACUUCAGGUGACUGCCCCGGAAGUGAAUCUCAGCGGGGAGAAGAGCCUGUGGAACACUGUGAGCAGCCCCUCCCGGAGGGUGUGCACCCCGAGGAGUUCGUGGCCAUCGCGGACUAUUCUGCCGCCGACGAGACACAGCUCAGUUUUCUGAGAGGAGAGAAGAUUCUCAUCCUGAGACAAACGACUGCUGACUGGUGGUGGGGCGAGCGCGCCGGGUGCUGUGGGUACAUACCAGCCAACCACCUGGGGAAGGACCUGGAGGAGGGGGACCCCGAGGACACGUGGCAGGACGAAGAGUACUUCGGCAGCUACGGAACUCUGAAACUUCACCUGGAGAUGCUGACAGACCAGCCACGAACAACGAAAUACCACCACGUGAUCCUGCAGAACAGGGCGUCCCUCAAAGACAAAGUGAUUCUGGAUGUCGGCUGUGGGACCGGGAUCAUCAGCCUCUUCUGUGCACAUUAUGCGCAGCCCAGAGCGGUGUACGCGGUGGAGGCCAGCGAGAUGGCCCAGCACACGGGGCAGCUGGUCAUGCAGAAUGGCUUCGCCGACAUCAUCACCGUGUUCCAGCAGAAGGUGGAGGACGUGGUGCUGCCGGAGAAGGUGGACGUGCUGGUGUCCGAGUGGAUGGGGACCUGCCUGCUGUUUGAGUUCAUGAUUGAGUCCAUCCUGUACGCCCGGGAUGCAUGGCUGAAGGAGGGGGGGAUCAUCUGGCCGACCACGGCCGCGCUGCACCUCGUGCCCUGCAGUGCCGACAAAGACUACCGCAGCAAGGUUCUCUUCUGGGACAACGCCUACGAGUUCAACCUCAGCGCGCUCAAAUCUUUAGCAAUUAAGGAGUUUUUCUCGAAGCCCAAGUACAACCACAUUUUGAAGCCAGAAGACUGUCUCUCUGAGCCGUGCACUAUAUUACAGCUGGACAUGAGAACGGUGCAGAUCGCUGAGCUGGAGACAAUGAAAGGGGAGCUGUGCUUCGAUAUCAAGAAAGCCGGCACUCUGCACGGAUUCACGGCCUGGUUCAGUGUCCGCUUUCAGAACCUGGAGGAGGAGGAGCCACAGCUGGUGCUGAGCACGGGACCGUUCCACCCCACCACCCACUGGAAGCAGGUGCUGUUUAUGAUGGACGAGCCCGUCCCCGUCCACGCAGGGGAUGUGCUCACAGGCUCGAUUGUGCUGCAGAGGAACCCAGUGUGGAGGAGGCACAUGUCCGUCACUCUGAGUUGGUCUGUCACUUCCGGGCAGGACCCCACGUUGCAGAGGGUUGGAGAAAAAGUCUUUCCGAUCUGGAGAUGA